GCUAUCGCCAAACUGGGCUGGGAAGAACCCACAGCGAUCCAAGAAAAAGCGAUCCCUUUACUCUUGAAUGGUAAAGAUGUUCUAAUGAGGGAAGAACCGGGUCUGACAGAAAGCUCUGAAGGAGUGAAAGCUCUCAUAUUGGCUCCCAGCAAAGAAUUGUGUAAUCAAAUUCAUGCUCACAUUUUACAGUUGACGUGUAAGUGCUCCCGGGAUGUUACUUGCGUUGAUUUAUCGCCGCAGGUCGACGUCUCCAUUCAGAAACCUCUUCUCUUAGAAAAUCCUCAAAUAGUUGUUGCAACCCCAGUUCGUGCACUUCUGCAUCUCAAGUCCAGUAAUUUGUCGCUGAAAAAAAGUUUAGACAUGUUGGUCAUUGACGAAGCUGAUCUCAUGUUUUCUCUUGGAUACGAAAAUGAAGUGAAAGAAGUUUUAAAUGGUAAACGUAAAAAGGAUAAAGAAUCCGGGGUUGCUCGAGGUAUUGAUUUUCAGUAUGUAACAUCAGUAAUUAAUUUUGAUUUUCCAUUGGAUGUAGCAGCGUACGUGCAUCGAGCUGGAAGAACUGCUAGAGGUACCAACAAGGGCGUUGUUCUAUCAUUUGUCAAUUUACGAGAACAAUCAUUGAAAGAUGAAGUUGAAGAUUACAUCAGAGAGGGUCUUCGUGAAACGACUGAAAUUUUCCAGCAAUAUAAAUUUAAUCUUCAGGAAGUUGAAGGUUUCCGAUAUAGAGCCAGAGAUGCAUGGCGUGCUGUCACCAGAAUUGCUGUGAGAGAAGCACGACUGAAGGAAAUAAAACAAGAGAUUUUCAAUUCCAAAAGGCUAAAA